AAAACCUAACACAGCCGUUCGGCCGUUCCUACUUCUCACCGCCAUUAUAACCUCCUAAACCUUCUCUUCUCACCAAAAAUUAUUUAAAAAAUAUAUAAAAAUCAAACAACAAAGCCAGUAUACGGAGACCUUGAUAACUGGUUCACCGCAAUCAUUCACAACCCCUCUGUCUCUGUCUCUCUAUCUUUCUUGAUUCCCUCUCGAGUCUCAACGAAUCCAAAUCUUCGUCGUUGGAUCAGAGGGGCCAAACCAACCAGGAAGAAUGGUUGAAACAAGACGCAGCUCUUCGUCUAAGCGCUCUCUUGCCUCCUCUGCUAACCCCGAGCCUUCACAAUCGACAAAGCGAUCCAAGGCUGCUGAGGCAUCCUCGAAGGCAAACGGUGCGGCGGCGGUUGAGUUAUCGACGGAUACCAGUGGUUCGCACAAACAAUCUGGGUCUGGAAGUAUUGAACCGGAGCUGCAAUCCCCUGAUCUGCAGACCGACGAUGCUGCCAAGCCCGCCGAUGGGGAGAAAUCGCCAGAUGCUGAGGUGGAAGAGGAGGUCUUGAUGUCUCCGCGUUCCAUAGAUGAAGAUGUAGUGAAUGCUGAUAAAUCGAAGGCCGCUCCUAGUGCUGCGGGUAAUCGGCAGAAGAAGAGGCCUGCGAAAGCUUCAAAACUGACUAUGAAGGCUGCGUGGGGGAAGCUUCUUUCGCAGUGCUCGCAGAAUCCUCACCUUACUAUGUGUGGUGCUGCUUUCACUGUUGGCCAAAGUCGUACUUGCAAUUUGUGGCUUAAUGAUCCAUCUGUCAGUUCUACUCUGUGUAAACUGAGGCAUAUAGAGCGUGGAGGUUCAUCUGUUGCCUUAUUGGAGAUAUCUGGGGGCAAAGGAUCUGUCCAAGUAAAUGGGAAAGUUUACCACAAGAGUUCAAGUAUGAUAUUAACUGGCGGUGAUGAACUGGUUUUCAGUUCUUGGGGCAAACAUGCUUAUAUUUUUCAGCAGCUCACUCAUGAUAACAUAGCUGCUACUGGCCUAUCUUCGUCAUUAAGCAUUCUGGAAGCACAGAGUGAUCCAAUAAAGGAAAUACAUAUCGAGGCAGGGGCAGGGGAUCCUUCUGCUGUUGCUGGAGCGUCAAUAUUAGCCUCUUUGUGCCAAAAAGGCAUAUCCCUUCUUCCGCCACCUUCCAAGACUAGCGGUGAUGUGCAGCAAAGCAGUGAGAUGACUCAACUUCCAUCUGGAUGUGGAAUAUCUGAUGAUCGUACUCCAGACAUUGAUAUGAAGGAUAAUCCGAGUACUAAUGAGCCUGCCAAUGCUUCUUUAAGGGAAAAAACUGGUUGUGCAUCUUCUUGCAUUGCCCAUGAAAACCCCAAUAUCGAUAACCUUGGAUUGGAUUCAUGUCUGCAUGCUGCCCCCAAGAAGGUUAAUGGGGCAACUUAUGAGUUAAGGUCUCUACUGAGGAUGGUUACGGGAGCGUCAUCAUCUAAUUAUGAUUUAAGAGGCGGCAUUCCUAAAAUACCUGAUGAGCAUAGGGAAAUCAGGGACCUGCUGAAGGAGUUUGGCUCUCGUGCAAAUUUGAUUAAACGGCAAGCUCUUAAGGAUAGUUUGCAACAAGGAAUCCUAAAUCCUGACAACAUCGGUGUUUCAUUUGAAAGUUUUCCAUAUUACCUAAGCGACACUACGAAGAAUGUUUUAAUAGCUUCUACCUACAUCCAGCUGAAGUGUGAUAAAUUUUCAAAAUUAGCAUCGGAUCUUCCUACUGUGUCUCCCCGAAUAUUAUUAUCUGGUCCAGCAGGUUCUGAGAUAUACCAGGAGACAUUGACAAAGGCACUUGCCAAACAUUUUGGGGCUAGACUUCUAAUUGUUGAUUCCCUUCUCUUGGCUGGUCAGGGAUCAGGAGCCAAAGAUACUGAUUUGGUGAAGGAAAGUUCAAAACCUGAGAGAGUCUCUGCAUUUGCAAAACGAGCUUCACAUGUUUCUACACUGCAGCUUAAAAAACCAACAUCUAGCGUUGAGGCUGAUAUUACGGGUGGCUCAAUGAUAAAUUCUCAGACACUGCCAAAGCAAGAGACGUCAACUGCUUCAUCCAAAAACUAUACAUUUAAGACGGGUGACAGAGUGAAGUUUGUCGGCAGCUGUCAUACAGUUUCUUCCAUACAACCCCCUUUGAGGGGACCGACAGUUGGUUUUCGAGGCAAAGUAUUCCUUGCUUUUGAAGACAAUAGUUCCUCAAAAAUUGGGGUUAGAUUUGAUAAAUCAAUCCCCGAAGGAAAUGACCUUGGGGGUCUUUGUGAAGAAGAUCACGGUUUCUUCUGUUCUGCUAAUUCAAUUCGAUUAGAUAGUUCAGCGGGGGAUGAUGUUGACAAAUUUGCUAUUAAUGAACUUUUUGAGGUUGCUUCGAAUGAAAGUAAAAGUGGUUCCUUAAUACUGUUUAUGAAAGACAUCGAGAAGUCUAUGGUGGGAAAUCAGGAUGCAUAUGUGUCCUUCAAGAGUAAGUUUGACAAUUUACCAGGGAAUGUUGUUGUAAUUGGUUCCCAUACCCAGGCGGACAGCCGUAAAGAGAAGUCUCAUCCUGGAGGUCUUUUAUUUACAAAAUUUGGAGGCAACCACACAGCUUUACUUGAUCUCGCUUUCCCGGAUAGCUUUGGUAGGCUGCACGAGCGGGGAAAAGAAAUGCCCAAAACGAUGAAGCAACUUUCUCGACUUUUCCCUAACAAAGUGACAAUACAGCUGCCCCAGGAUGAAGCUUUACUUUUGGACUGGAAGCAGCAGUUGGAGCGUGAUAUUGAAACUUUAAAAGCACAGGCCAACAUUGUUAGCUUUCGCACGGUUCUCGGUCGGAUUGGCCUGGACUGCCCUGAUCUUGAAACUCUUUGCAUCAAAGAUCAGGCUCUUACAACUGAAAAUGUGGAGAAAAUAGUAGGCUGGGCUUUAAGUCACCACUUGAUGCAUUGUUCAGAAGGUUUAGUCAGAGAUGCUAAGCUUGCGAUAUCUACUGAGAGUAUAAGGUAUGGGUUGAGCAUUUUACUAGGCAUUCAAAAUGAAAGCAAGAGCUUGAAGAAAUCACUCAAGGAUGUGGUAACGGAGAAUGAAUUUGAGAAGAAAAUUCUCGCGGAUGUUAUUCCUCCAAAUGACAUCGGGGUCACGUUUGAUGACAUAGGAGCCCUAGAAAUGGUCAAGGAUACCUUGAAGGAGCUGGUGAUGCUUCCUCUGCAGAGGCCUGAAUUGUUUUUGAAAGGACAGCUGACUAAGCCUUGCAAGGGAAUUUUACUGUUUGGUCCUCCUGGCACUGGAAAAACAAUGCUUGCCAAGGCUGUUGCGACUGAGGCGGGUGCAAAUUUUAUCAACAUUUCAAUGUCAAGCAUCACUUCAAAGUGGUUUGGUGAAGGCGAGAAAUAUGUUAAAGCCGUGUUCUCUUUAGCUAGUAAAAUUGCUCCUAGUGUUGUUUUUGUUGACGAGGUUGAUAGCAUGUUGGGUAGGCGUGAAAAUCCAGGAGAACAUGAAGCUAUGCGCAAAAUGAAGAAUGAAUUUAUGGUAAAUUGGGAUGGUCUACGUACAAAGGAUAAAGAGCGGGUAUUGGUUCUUGCUGCCACCAAUAGGCCUUUUGAUCUUGACGAGGCUGUUAUAAGAAGGUUACCCCGGAGGUUGAUGGUUAAUUUGCCUGAUGCCUCCAACAGAGAGAAAAUUCUCAAAGUUAUCUUAGCCAAAGAAGAAUUUUCAGCAGAUGUGGAUUUAGAGGCUAUUGCAAAUAUGACUGAUGGGUAUUCUGGAAGUGACCUUAAGAAUCUGUGUGUCACUGCAGCUCAUUUUCCCAUACGUGAAAUACUGGAGAGAGAAAAGAAGGAGAAAGCCCUUGCGUUGGCUGAAAAUAGACCACUACCCGGACUUCAUAACAGCACCGAUGUACGCCCUCUGAAGAUGGAUGAUUUUAAGUCUGCGCAUGAACAAGUAUGUGCGAGCGUUUCUUCGGAGUCUACGAAUAUGAAUGAGCUCCUCCAGUGGAAUGAUCUAUAUGGAGAAGGUGGGUCCAGGAAAAAGAUGUCUCUCAGCUACUUCAUGUAGAGAAAGUAUCUUUGUGUACAGGGAUCCUUGUUAAACUGUUACCGAUGUUUGCUCACCCCUCUCUUCCUCUCUAGCUGGCAGGCAGAGUUGGGAACCAUUAAUUAUGGAAAUUCCAUCACAGGUACCGAGCUCGGUGUAUCAUAUUAUAGGUUUCGAGUCAUUUACCAUUUUAGAAGCUUUUACAAUAUUUCAUUAAGCUGGUUUUGCUCGACGGAAUCCGUCUUGUCUUUAAUCUUUCUAGUUUUUCAUUUCUUCUCUUUCCUUUAUUUUUUUUUUAAUUAUCUUGUGUAGCCUGUACAUUAUCAUUUUGAUAAAUUGAAUAAGCAUUCCCCCUCCCUUCUCCCCUUCUGUUAACUGCAUAACUGGGAGCAUCUAUAACUAAAUAUAUGAAUAUACAUAUAUAAUGUAUGGUUGUUA